UUUGAUGAUUAAAAUACGGGCCAGUUCGCUGUAUUCACUCUUUUCUCCGUUUUUGCCUACGUUCGUUGACCCCCGACCUCCUUGCUUUUCAACGAAGCGUUUUCUGCCCAGUCGUAUGGGCCGUCGAUACUGUACUUACAUGCCACCAGACAACUUUCGUUCACUGAGAAAAUCGGCCAACUCAUGCAGCGCCCUGGACAAGAUGCCAUUCCUAACGAUGAUGUGCCAUGGUGGAUGAAAUAUGCAGGAAGAGGGCUCGGAACUGUCGGUGGAGGAAUUGCUAUCUUCCUGGGUGUCUGGGUUUGCACAGGUAUCCUAUUUGCUGAAGUGAACUGCCUUAUUGCGGGAAUUUGGCAGAUGUUGGCUGGUUUUAUCACCAUUGUUAUUGAAGCACCAUGUUGCUGCAUGUUUCUUGACUUUGUGCAGAACAUUAGUAACUUCAUGGAGCAGCGUCCCUAUUAUUACAGAGGAGGACUUUACAUUGCGAUUGCCUUGCCCGCUGUUGUUCUCUGCGCCAACUUGAGCACCAUCUUCGGCAGUGGUCUCAUCUUUGGCACUGGUGUCAUUUAUGGAAUGAUGUCUCUUGGAAAGAAGGCGACUGCUGAAGAGAUGAGAUCAAAGGCAGCAGCUGCUGGUACUUCAUCUGGCCCAUCCGAUGUUCCCAAUUCUGGCAUGAAAUCAUCAUUAGUAGAUAAUGCACAGCCUGUUGGAUUUACAGGCUCCCCAUUUGACAGUAAUGUAUAAUGCAUCUCUGUGUGCUCAAAGGUGUAAAAAUUGAACAAAGCCACUAUUUAUUUCUGUUGCCUGUUCCAUUUGGGUUUCUUCCCCUGUUGAUGUAGAUGUAUUCAGUUAAAUAUUGUUACAAUCUCUUGAAGUUAUGUUGUGAGCAUCAAGUGGAGAUGCAGUGAUUUCUGGUUAUAUAAAUUUACAGGUAUGAGUCAUGUUUAGGAACUCUAUAAAGUUCGCCUAGUAGUGUAUUAAGGUGUUAAAGGAAGAGUCAUUACGUAUGUUAUCUUUUAUUUCUUAGGGGGUAUACAUCCUGUAAGUUUGUAACCCUGUUAUGAGGAACACAUUCCAAAGUUUGUGGAAAUGCCGCUUUAGGACUUUCAGGAAUUACAAAGGCAAAUGCAACUCUGUAGCAAUGUUUUUAGGCAUUAUCCAAAGAAGUAUUUCCUGUUUGUAGUUUUAGCCAGCAUUGCCAAAUGAAGUAUGUGUGUUAUAAAGUUGCUUUCCCAUACAUUUUCCCUUCCCUAUCAGUACCUUGUGUUCUUCAUAUACACUCAGACUUGCUCUGUGGCAUUUCUCACUGGAGAUGCCGUAAGCCAUUCCACUUCCUUUGGUUUGUUGAGGUGUAUAGGUUUCCAUUUUAUAUUUUGUCUUAUAAAUGUGUGUUGUACAGUAGAUUGGGCAGCUGCCUCCUGAUAGUCAUUUAAUUAAUUGUGCCCAAUGGCUGGAAGUUUCAAAUUAUUUUGAAACUUAAUUUUUAUUAGUUUAGAACAAUUAGGAAUGAGUUAUGGAAAUUUGCAAAAGCACAUUCAUAAAUUAUAGAAAAGAAAUGGUUUUUCUUUGUUCUUUUGCAGAGACCUUGUUGAUUUAGUAUGUUCAAAAUGUAUAAACUGACUGAAGCUUUUAAGAGUUGUAAUUGAAAUUGUUUUAAAUAUAUUGCUGUGGAUUGUCUUCACCUGACAAACAGUUUCAUGAACGAGUUUUAAUGCCCUAGUUUAUAGUAGUUUUAUAGAAGGCAUGGUGUUACCUUUGACAACUUAGUUUUUACCCUUGUAUUGAACUCAUGAGUAUCUUUUUUAACCGUGACCCUUCCUUAAUGUCUUGCCAAAGCUUCAGUAAUGUGGUUUUGAUUUGAUUUUAAGUCACCUGAAGUAUUAUUGUUUGUAUCAUGGUUUGCAUGAUGUCCUGUUGCCUUCUCUUAUCCUAACUUUUACUCUUUAGUGUCGUCCCAUCCCACAUUGUUCAACUUUCUUCCUGCAUCAAUAUUACUUGUGGAGUUCAGUACUUAUGAAUAUGUUCUUCUUGCAUUAUAAAAAUGUGAUUUAUGUAUUAAUUUGUUGUUUUAAUUUGUUUAGUGUUUAGAGUUUUGUUUCUGUGACACUGUUUACUCUUGUCUCAGCUGAGAUUUUUGGAUAUGUUUUGAUUUGAAGAGCCUCCUUUGCUUGUGCCGAAUAUUUCCAUCAUGGAAAGUGAAUCACUAUUGAAUGAUCUUCCUAAAAACAAGACAUCCUUUGUUAUGUUUGGUAAACUUUCCUCCUAGUGGAAAUGUAGUUUAGAAAAAAGAAAUUUUGUUAUUAUUUUUUCUUCCACCGGCUAUCCAAAAGAAUUAGUUCUGUUUUGAAGAGACUAUUUGCAAUAUUUGUCUGUCAAAAUUACAAAUUCAAAAUAACUAUCUGAGUAGCACAGCAGCUGCUUUCAUAUCUGUCCUGUUUUUUUUUUUUUGUUUUUUUUUUAUGUACAACAGAUGAAGAUUGAACAUUCCUGUGAACAAAAGAUGCUUUGGUGUAAAGUUAUUCACAAAUGUGCUUGAGCCUUUGUGUAUAGUUUAUUUUGGUUUGUUCUCAUUUUAAAGGUAGUGAUAUUGAGUCUGUUUUUCAAGUCUGAUUUCCUUUCCAUUUUUCCUCUAUUUCUUCCUUCAUUACUUGUUUAUGGGGACCCAUGAUAGUUCAUGGCUCUAUGAGUGUUUGGAAAAAAAGUGGUGGUUGAAGAUGGGCGGUGCAGACAGGAGGCUGGACAAAGAUUAUGAGAUUAUGGAAUUUAAUUUUUAGGGCUGCUGUGCUUUAAUUUUUUUUGCUUCAGGCAUGAAUACACACCAUGUGAACUAUGUGCUUGUCAAGUUAGUUCUAGCUUACCUUGAAACAUAGAUGUGUAGCGGAUCAGGAGUUCUGAAGCAUUUUAAAUAAUUACGCUGCUUGUUUUUUCCCUUGAUGCUGUACACAAUAUAGUUGUACUGCAAUGUUGGAGAUUUCCAUAUUUACUUGUCCCAAAUUGAAUACAUUCUUCUUCUGGCACCACUAAUAAAAUCUAAAAAGUUAACAAAAUGCAUGGUGUAUUGUAUUGUCAGUAAUUGUUAGUGUAACAUUUGGGAUGUUGGCUGUAUCUCAGCUAAAUCACAUUUUUAAUUUUCUUUUAUAUCUAAUUUUGGUUUGCUUUUUCUGAACAUAUAUAUGUGUGAAUUAAAUUAAUGUUUCCAAUAUUGUCUGUUUUCCUCUGUAGAAAGUGGGAUAUUAGUAUAAAAUUUGUUAGGGCUAAACAUAUCAUUUUCCUGAAUUUAUCAUUGUGCAGAUGUUACACUUUGAAAUCACUGUAGCUAUGUAUCAUGGUAUGCAUAGGAUGAUUGCGAUAGUCUUCUAAUUAUUACAUCGCACAGAUGUUUGUCUCUCCUUGACAUUGCUUUUCCCAUCUACUGCAGGGCUUUCACAUGAAUGAGAACUUGGCACAUCCCUCAUAUCAUGUAAUGUAAUACUUAUUGGCUCAAGUGAAGUAAAACUAUAUGUGUGGGCCUAUAAUGAAGGUGUAUGUUCUAAGCUUUUUAGAAAUGAUUCGUGCUCUAUAGCAGAAAAUAUUCACUCAUGAUGAAGUGCUAUGAAGAAAUAUGCCUCUGUGACCCAACCUCCUAAUUUCAACUGCCACGUUACUGCUUCACUAAUUUUUUUCUUAAAUUUUGCUAAAACUUUGAUUCUGACCAUGGAUGAUAUGCAUUUACAAUUUGGACCUUGAAUUGUGAAAACAAAAGUUAUUUUUUGGAAAACAAAGUAUUUUUUAGUUUAUUUUGUCACAAAAGUAAAAUGGUUUCUGAAGUUUUUUUUUUGUGCUUUUGCUUUUGAGGCUGUUUGUUUGACAAAGAAAUAAGGUAUGAUGUGAGUUAUUAGUGGUGGCAUAAAUAUUGCUCAUACCAAGCUUGUCUUAUGGAAAAAAACCCCGAUGCAAUGGGCCUCGUUUCAGGGAUCACUGUAUUCAAGUGCAAUAAUUUCUUAUUAAUUGAAGUGCAUUUAUGUGAGAAGGGGAAAAGGAGUGUUGGGCAGGGGCUAAUUCGCUUUGUUGAUAAUUCAAAAGGGGGUCAUAUAACUUAUUUAUUAACUAAUGCAACCCCAGUAAUUUCUACAAUGUUAUUAACUGUAUGUUCUUGAAAUGCACAAGUUGUCAAAUGCCAGAGUAGAACCAUGUUGUAAGUCUCCUUGAUUGUUGGGAAGCUCUAUUUAUGCCACAUGUUCAACCGAGUUAACAUCAAUAUGGCUGUGUUUACAGGAAUGAAUUUCAGUUUGUCAAUUAUCAGCCUUCAUAUUUUGAGACUGUUGCCAACUGAAGAAGCGAAUAAAAUGUAGUAGGAUUA